AUGUCGAGCCCGCUUAUGCUGCCCUCCACGCCGCGCAAAGCGGCCACGACGCCGUACAACCCCUCCUGGCGGCCCGCGCACGCCCUGCCCGCGUCCUCCCCGCUCGCCCGCCCCUCGUCGCCCGCCUCGCCGACGGACUCGUCGCCCGUGCCCGCCGCGCAGCGCCGGCGGCAGCAAACACAGACCCACACGCCCAUGCAACUGCACGCCCGCGCGCAGCCGAGGCGGACGAGCGUCAAGUCGGUGCAGCACGCGAUGUUCUCGCCGUCGGGCGGGAGUGAAGGCCCGGCGCCGCAGAAGUCGCUGCUGCGCGAGCGGUUCAAGGCACGGUGCUUUGAGCGCGCGCGCAGGGCAAGGGAGAAGGCCGUCACGAGACGGCGGAAGUACGAGAGCGAGCCGAGCAGCGACGGGUUUGACCUGGACGCGGACAUGGACAUGGACGAUGGGAAGGAAGACGAGGAGGAGGAGGAGGAGGAUCUUGACGACGAGCUGUUCCGCCGCAUCAUGAACAGCGUGAACCGCAAGGCGCAGCACGCGUACCGCGUCUCGUACGAGUGGGAGGUCGGCUCGUCCAUCGACCCCGACAUGGAGGACGUCAGCCGGUGGGAGCAGGAGCUGCACGAAGAGUCAGCGGAAGAAGCCCAGCCCGCGCCGCCGGACCUGGAGGAAGAAGAGCUGGCCGCGUACGCGGAGGAGGCGGCGCUGUUCGAGGACCUCGAGGCGUUCGCGGACGAUUUUUUCGACGACCUCGAGGACAGCGCGCCCCCGCCCACCAGCACGAGUGCCGCGGGCCCUUCCUCGCACUCGCAUUCGACGGAUACGGACUUUGACAUGGACGUCGCGUCAUAGAGCCCGCCCCCAAAGUCAAGCCCCCCUUUUCCCGCCCCGCUCCUCUGCUCUCACCUCGUUCCUCGUUCGUCGCUUUGCUCGUCGUAUCGUUAUCUGUAUCAUAUUCCCUGUAUCAUAGUCCCCCCUAAAACAACACACCCGGACGAACGGAUCAACUCUGGAUUCAUAGCAUUCUCUACGAAAUUCACAUCCAAGACUACAGUAUAGUAGUAAUACUGCCCUCUACUUGUUGAAAGUCAAGCAAGAAACACGACAACACGCCACCCUAACUCUACCCUACAACAGACAACAAGAACACGGAAGAAACAAGCCAACGCAAGACCGCAGGGUAUAUUUAACAAGAAUGGAGGUAUCGGGGGAUGAUGGAGGGGCGGGAUACAAGUAUGCGGAUGGCGAAUAAAUAGUCUUGAUCAAUAAUGAACGAGUGGGUGGAUAGAUGGCGCAUAUAUGCAGCCGUCCGCGGCCCGCGAGUAUGCAAGAAAACGGCUGGCCGGAUCGUCCUCACCAAGGACUUGUUGCUUGCAUCCGCGCGAUUGCCAAAAAGCAGAACGAGUGGUCGAGCCCGAGUGGUCCUUGCAUCCGAGACGGAAAUAGCGUCGAGCGCUGAGCCCGGUCCAAUCCAAUCCAACUGUCAAUCACCCCCUCCCUCUGAUCGCACCCACCCCCGCCUCGCUACCAUCUCACACCACCACACC